AUGGACCCCACAGCAGGUCCUGUGCAGUACCAGAAGCUCCUACUCUUGGAGCCGGGCUUGGAUUCUGACCAGGAAGAGGAGCUAUCAGAGCCACUGGUUCCCCAACCCUGGAGGCCCCAGGAAUCCUCUGGGAACCAGGUCGGCUGCCUGCCCGGAGCCUGGGCCCGACUAGUUGCAGCCCUGCUGCUGCUGGCCGUUGGCAUCUCCCUGGCCCUGAGGCAACUCCAGACCAGGGAUGGCUCUACAGGGAUUUUGGACUCUGCAGCCCCUCUGCUCACCGGACACUCCCACAGCACUGGCGUGUACCACCACGGGGCCAUUAUCAGCCCCGCAGCCGCAUGCUCCCGCCUGGGCCGAGAGCUGCUUGAAGCCGGGGGUAAUGUGGUGGACGCCGGAGUCGGAGCAGCUUUGUGCCUCACGGUGGUGCAUCCUCAUGCCACCGGGCUAGGUGCCAUGUUCUGGGGACUCUUCCACAAUGGCUCCUCAGGCAAUUCAACUGCCCUGACCUCAGGCCCAGCCCAGACCCUGGUCCCUGGCCUGGGGCUGCCAGCGGCUCUGCCUGCCCUGCACUUGCUACACACACGCUUCGGCCGCCUGCCCUGGCCACAGCUGCUGGAGGGCCCCACCACACUGGCCCAAGAUGGUUUCCUGGUGGACACACCCCUAGCAAGGGCGCUGGCAGCCCAGGACACGAAAGGCCUCUGCCCACUGCUUUGUCAAGCUGACGGGACACCUUUGGGCCCCGGGGCCUGGGCCACCAACCUAAGACUGGCAGCAGUGCUACGCAGUGCAGCCCUCAUCCCCACCCCAGAUCCAUCUGGUGAUGUGCUACUGGGCCUGGUGGCCAGCGAUCUGGGGCUAGUGGUGCCCUCAGCUGGCCCCAGGCCCACCUUGGAGCCAGCACUGCAGCUGCCUAUGCCCCAGGGAGUCCUGUUCACCACCCCCAGCCCCUCGGCCGGCCCAGAACUGCUGGCGCUGUUGGAGGCAGCCCUAGACCCCAGGGCACCCAGCCCUGACCCCUGUCCACUGUUCCCGCAAGCUGCUGGGACCCCCAAAAGCAGUGUCCUGGCCACCGUGGACAGCAGUGGCUCUGUGCUCCUUCUCACCUCCUCACUCAACGGCUCCUUUGGCUCCAGACGCCUGUCUCCCAGCACUGGGGUUCUGCUCAGCAACCUGGUGGCCGGGCCUGCAGUGAGUGCGUGGGCCUGUCCCCUCAUCCUCCAUGGUGGCCCAGAUGACAAGGAGGCCGAUGUGUUGGGGAUGGUGGCUGCAGGAGCCCCCAUGGCAGCCAGAGACAUGACUAGCACCCUGCUCAGAUACCUGGCUGAGCCCCAAGAUGAGGCCCAGCACCAGCACCAGGCCCAGCGAGGGCCAACAGAGGGCCCCAGCACUUGCGGCCAAGGGACCCUGCUCCAGGUGGCAGUCCACGCUGAGCAUGUUCACGUCUCCAGUGUCCCCCAUGGCUGCUGCCCCUUCCAGGGUUUCUAACAGGGGGAUGGUCUGUCUGGGGUGGA